AUGUCAACGUGGUUGGACUCGUGGGGUAUUGCGUUGAGGGAACAAAGCGUGCUCUUGUAUACGACUUCAUGCCCAAUGGAUCACUUGAUAAGUACAUCAGUACCAGUCAAGAAGGAAGUCCUCUGUUAAGUUGGCAGAGGAAGUAUGACAUUAUUCUAGGAGUGGCUCGAGGAAUCGGGUAUUUGCAUCGAGGCUGUGAUGUACGAAUUUUGCAUUUUGACAUCAAACCACACAACAUUCUUUUGGAUGAGAAUUUCAUUCCAAAGAUUUCUGACUUUGGGCUUGCGAAAUUAUAUCCAACAGAUAAGAGCAUUGUGACUCUCACAGCUGCUCGUGGAACGAUUGGAUAUGUUGCUCCAGAGUUGAUCAGCAGAAGCAUUGGAGCAAUCUCGUACAAAGCUGAUGUUUACAGCUUCGGAAUGCUGCUAAUGGAAAUGUUGGACUUGAAGAGAAAUGAAGUUGCAAAUGAAGAGAAUUCCAGCCAAUACUUUCCUUAUAAUAUUUACGAUAAGUUCAACAAAGGGAAAGAGAUUGUGGUGGAUGAAGGAGCAAAUGAUGAUGAAAAGAAGAUGGCUAGAAAGCUGAGCUUAGUUGCAUUAUGGUGUAUACAAACAAAUCCGAUACAACGCCCUUCAAUGAGUAAAGUAGUAGAAAUGCUUGAAGGCGAAGUUGAAGUGCUAGAAGUACCUCCUCAGCGUCUUCAAUCUCAACCGAUUGUCCAUCAGACCAUGGGAAGUUCUACGACAUUUUCGUCUGAUUCAAUAGCUUUGUUAGAUAAUCCCGUUGAGGUAGACAUUUAUGCUGAUUGAUUAUAGUUGAUGUAAUGUUUAUGUGAAAUAAACAUAGCCAACCCAACAAUGUCUGGGACAAAGAAUCAUGUUGUUAUUGUUGUACUAUUUAUAUUAUAGACAUAA